CCUUGUCUGCUCCUCACCUUCAAGUUUCAACUGAAAAUUAAAAAUAAUUAAUUUGAAAACACAAAAUUGCCAAUUUAUUGAUCAUUAGCUAUCCAUAGCUCGAAUUCUCUAUGGUUUUUUGAGACCAAAAUUAUAGAGAGGGAUUUGGAUCGCCCUCUGAAUCUCGAGGAGCCGCUGAGAUAGAGAGGGAUGGCUAUACUCUACGCGGUGGUCGCUCGGGGAACGGUGGUGCUGGCGGAGUUCAGCGCUGUUACGGGUAACACGGGUGCGGUGGCGAGGCGGAUCCUCGAGAAACUUCCGUCGGAAGCCGAUGCCAGGCUCUGCUUCUCCCAGGACACCUACAUCUUCCACAUACUUCGAUCCGAUGGCCUCACCUUCCUCUGUAUGGCCAACAACACCUUCGGCAGGAGGAUCCCUUUUUCUUACUUGGAGGAUAUCCAAAUGAGGUUCAUGAAAAACUAUGGCAGAGUGGCCAACUAUGCACCGGCUUAUGCAAUGAACGACGAGUUUUCCAGAGUCUUGCAUCAGCAAAUGGAGUUUUUUUCUAGUAAUCCUAGUGCAGAUACCCUAAACCGUGUAAGAGGUGAAGUUGGCGAGAUACGUACUAUCAUGGUGGAGAACAUAGAGAAGAUAUUGGAGAGAGGUGACCGGAUUGAACUUCUUGUUGAUAAAACUGCAACCAUGCAAGAUGGUGCAUUUCACUUCAAGAAACAAUCCAAGCGCCUUCGUCGAGCUCUUUGGAUGAAAAAUGCCAAGCUUUUGGCACUGUUGACAUUCUUGAUUGUUCUGUUGCUGUACUUUAUAAUUGCUGCUUGCUGUGGAGGCAUCACCCUACCUUCCUGCAGAUCUUGAUUUCCAUUCUUGCUGGUUUCGAAGUUCUGCUGAGGAUCUUUUACUCUGCAUGAAUUGGGUGGGUCUACUAGAAGUCAUACUGGAAUGGGGAUGGUGUGAAUACGAAGAAAGAUGCAAUCUUUGAAAUCCUUAGUUUCCACUAUAAUAUAAAAGGGUUUAGACUGUAACCGCAAGAAGAGAACUCAUCAAUGUUUGUUAUUUAGAUGUUACCAAGUUUUGAGUCACUGCAUGGACGGCAGGCAGUGCUGAUAGACACUACUUCUCAAAUAGUUUAAACUAUAAUUCCAUUAUUGAAACUUCUAGUUUUAUUUGAUGGUGCUGGAUCUUGUUGUAGUCUUGCACUUACUUCC